UUCUGUCUCAGGGUAGAUUUCAAGAGCAGAACAAAUUUUAAUUCAAGUAAAUUAUGCAGAAAGGAAAAGCCUUAGAUCUCCACUAACAUGUUAAAUUUAUAAGUCAGUGCCUCACAAGGAUGUUGCUAAGCAUCUAGUUUACUUCAAUUUUCAGGCAAUAAACUAAUUCCCCAGAAAUGAAAGUCAGAUAACUCCAUACAUCUAGUACAAACCACCUAAGUUUUAAAGACUCACAAAUUAGCUACAAAAUUAAGAGUCUACUGAGAGAAUGUUUCUGGUAAAAACAUGAGUGUGUAGAGAUUAGAGUACCUAAAUGGCAAAUUAUCUGAAGCAGAAUUUCCUUUUAGAGUUUUCAGAUUAGGAUCAACAUUUGUGGUGUUUAUUGGAAGUAUCUUUUCCUUCUCUCAAAACUUUCCUCUGUAUGAUGUUCAUCAGAUUUCUUUUUUUCUUACAUGUUGCAUAGCAUGAUAAUUAUAAAAAAGACGCCUCCAGUUUAGGGUCUAGUAGUCUUUAGAUAUUUCUGUUGAGAUGUUGAUGUCUGGAAUCACAAAAUAUGUUAGUUCUAACAUGUUUUGCUUUAAUCCUUUUGUUUACCAACUUUAUAUGAUGCCAUAGUAGCUUUGGUGCCUGAACAGGGCGUAGCAGUGUUAGUUAAGGUUUGAGAAUCUGGGGCGCAGAGUUUCUUCACCCUGGGACCUUAUAUUCUGGGCUAGCGAUAUGUCUGCACUCAGGCAGCUGCAAACCUGCUGUGAAGGAGGUGAAGCAAGGGCUAGUGCUCUCUGCCAGAUUCUUCUGGGUGUGUGAGCCCCAGUCUGCCAGUUUGCAGUGGUGCUGCUGCUGUCCUUGUGUCAUAUCCCAAAUCUGAAACACCAAAAUUAGACCUAACUCUUGAAAACAUGGGCUGAUUUGUUGUCUCCAGAUCCAGCUUCAUGUUUUAGCAAACUUUAAUCAGCUUGCCUUUUCCUGUUGUGAUGAAAUAACACUCCCUGUUUUCACAGUCUCUGGCUUUGUGGAAUGGAAAGUCAAAAUAAACAAUGAAGACCACAUUGAACAUGCUAAUACACAACCUCAAACAUUUCUUUAAUGCCUAGGCCUAAGCUAGACAGCUUAUCCAAACUUCUCCUCCUGUUGACUCCUUCUGUCCCCCACGCCAUCCUGGGUUACUAGAUUUUAGAUAGGAACUUCUAAUACACAUAAUCUAGAUUGAAAGCAGAGUUUCAUUAGCACAAACUCCCCUAUCAUAAUUGUAAUCUACAGUAAAUGAAUGUAAUUAGCCACACCAGGGUCUCCCCUGAGCCUUCCCCUCCUCUGCAUACAGACAGUACCCAUAAGCUGACACCAGGGUCUUGUAUAAAGCUAGCACACUGCAUUCACUGCAAUAGCAGCAGGUCUACAGGGUUGCCCUUUACAGGAUCAUGUCACUGCUUCUCCUUCAGAUCUUAGUGCUCUCAUGUCUUGGAGCCACAGAGCCAGAGGGAGAUUCUCCACAAAGGAAAAGCAGGAGGCCAUUUCAGCACCUUUUCUAUCUGGACAAAAAUCUGCUUGAAAGUCAGAGUUUUCGUGAGCUGGUUGGGGAAAACCCAGAAGGUGUUGAGGAAACCCUGGGAGGACCAAGCUUUUUUGUAGCAAUUCCACAGACGGCAUUUGAAAGUGAGAAGCAAGAGGAGAAAAAAAUGUCCAGAUUCAUCCUUCCUAAUGCAGAACUCCAUGCAGACCAAGACCUGAGAACCUGGGCAGCACCUAAAGAGAUCCCUCUUCUGGAAAACUUCUCUCCGUCCCACUAUUCCAGCAAAAGGGAGGCUGAACCUCCCUAUAGGAAAGAUGCCAAGAAAUUUUGGGACCACUUCAUGUUAAAAAAAAAUUCAGCAUCUGAAGAGGUUGUCCUGCCAAUUAAGACCAAUGAAAUGCACCAAGAAAACUGCAGAACCCUGCCUUUUUCCCAGGGUGUUACUCAUGAGAGCUGUGAGAAGGUGAUGGUACAGAAUAAUCUGUGCUUUGGAAAAUGUAGUUCCUUUCAUGUUCCUGGUCCAGAAGAUCGUCUUUAUACUUUUUGUUCUCAUUGCUUGCCCAGCAAGUUCUCCAUGAAGCGCCUGGACCUCAACUGCACCGGUUCUGUCCCAGUGGUCAAAGAAGUCAUGAUUGUAGAAGAGUGUAAAUGUGAGACUCAGAAGAUUAAAGACCCUGUUAUUGGGUCUCUACAGUCAGACUUGCAUGCAAAUGUACAUAGGCACAAUUAACCUGUGUAAAAUACUUCUUAUCUCCUUGACCGUAUGAAUUUGCCAGUGAAAAAAACCCACAGAACUAAAGCUUUCAUCACACUGGUACACAAAAAUAUUGAAGAUGUGAACUUUCUACUUGAACUGCUCCUCUGCUUCAACCAUAAUGACCUAAAAUGUAACAGAUGUUUCCUUGCAGCUGUUAAGCCCAGUAAUCUCAUCUCCAUUUCUUUAUGUGUAGAGUCCUUACUUUAACAAGGAAAACUUUUAAAAUUUUUUCCACCCUUCCUAUCACUGUUUAUAGGAUGCUAGUAAACAACAGCUGAAGAUCUAGCAUGAUUUAUCUGUGCAAAACCCUAAUGUCUUGGCUGGUUUACAUUGCCUUUGCUUGCAGGGACUGACAAUACAGCUGUAUUGACAACACAGGUGAGGCUUUAGCCUCUUCCUUGCAAACAGGUCUACUUUUACAUCAAGAUAGUGGCUGGAGAGUGUAAAAUACAAAUGGACAUAAGGCAGAUAGAGGGCUGUAACUAGUUAAGGUCAUUCUGAUUGCUCCCAGCUGGAGUUCAGUUCCCCAUGAAAACUAAUAUACCUCACAACUAAUAUCCUUUGCAACCACUAUCUAAGUGUAUUUUGCCAUAGAAACCACUUAUUCUCCUUCUACAUGCCUGCAUUGUGUCUGCGUGUUUUUUUAUUGAAAGUGUUACAUAGUAGAAGGAGGAAAAAAUUUUUUUUAAAUUCUAUACUCCUACAGAAAACAUCAUAAAUUAAUGGAUUGUAAUUAUUAUUAUUUAAAUGCGCUGUGGAAAGACAAUGCAUGUUUUCUAGUCUGAUGAAUUUUAACAUGUCAGUGACACCCAGUUUAAGUAAUGUUCUCAACACCUAAACUAAAGCAGAAAAGGGGUUUGUGUGAUAGAAAAUCUGCAGAAGUAUUUUAUCAGCAUGGUAAUACCUGUAUAGCUUUAUAGGAACAGCCAAGAAAACUCGCUGGGUCUAGUGCUAGCCAGCACAGUACCACUGGCUGUUAGCCGAACUGCUGGCUUCUCUGCUGUCUCCAGCUGCUUCUCCCUGGAUUUGUCUUGCAGACCUGGCACACCAGACAGUGAACAGCUUCCAGCAACUAGACUUCAGCCUAUUUCUAACGCAGCUCCUUUCAGUCCUCUGGGAAUCUGUUCCACUGCUAUUGCCAAACUCUCAGACCGGGGCCCCCGUUGUUAAAAUAUCCACAGCUCCUUCUUGGGGUAUUGGAAAUCAGUGUUGAUAUACUUACUGGUCAAUUCAAGGGUUGGGUAAAUGAUUCCUUAUAUUUGAACUGCACUGUGGUCUGAAGUGUCUUAAUAUCCUGUCAAGAAUAUAUGUUCAGCAUGGCUUUCGAGUGCAAGGCCCACGUUUAAUAUUUACUGAAAAUUGCAUCUGAAUGAUACUCUGUUACUGGAUCUGAACUGCUGCAUUAGCUGUUCACUUCUGCAGAUCACUUGCAGUGAGGGAACUGAAGAUUAGUAUGUAGUUAUCUUUCAUUAUACAUAAACGUGUUUGUACAUAACAAAAAUUGAAUACCAAAAGUGAACAAGGCCUUUUCUCUAUCCUUUUACACUAAGGACUGAUGUACAAACUGUGUCUGGCUGUCUGCAUAUUAUAUUAUGAUAUAUGAUGUCAAAUAAGAAGUUUUCAAGGUCUUACCAUCCCUGUAUUGAA